CCAUUAAAAGCAUACAAUCAAAGAGAAUGAGUAAUUCGAUUUUGCUCUUCUUUUUCCUUUCCUUAUUCUUCAUCUCUUCUACGUCUUCCUCUUCAUCUUCUGUCAACACCACUCAUAAAUGCUCUGUCCAACAGACACAUGCUUUACUUAUGUUUAAACAAAACCUAUCCUCUAUCAAUGAUACUAGUUAUCACUGUUCUGGUGAUAAUCCAGUUAUGAUUAACUGGAACACAAGUACAGAUUGUUGUCAUUGGAAUGGAGUCACUUGUGACCACUCCACUGGUGAUGUUAUCGGUCUUGAUCUGAGCUGUGGCAUGCUGCAAGGUACUAUCCACCCUAACACCACUCUUUUUCACCUCCCCCGUCUCCAAAAACUCAACCUUGCUUUCAAUGAUUUUACUGAUUCCCAACUUCCACCUACCAUGGGCAGGCUUUCUAAUAGUCUCACACAUCUCAACAUCUCCUUUUGUUGGUUUACUGGUCAAGUCCCCACAGAUAUUUCACACCUUCAUAAAUUGUUGUCCCUUGAUCUCUCUAUGAAUGACAUUAAUUUUGAACCUCAUGUUUUCAUCAAUCUGCUUCAAAACUUAACUAUGAUGAAAGAACUAUCUCUUAAAGGUGUUCAGAUCUCUUCAGUUUUACCUGCUAAUCUUAAUAUCUCUUCUUCUUUAAAAUUACUAAAUCUUCAAUUAACUGGAUUGCAAGGAAACCUACCUCACACCAUUUUCAAUCUUCAAUCUUUGGAAAAACUCGCCUUGUCACAUAACGGGUUGACAGGGCAUAUCCCUUCAGAGAUCUCACUUCUUCCUAAAUUGGUUGAGCUUGAUCUCUCUUGGAGUGGGAAUAUGCUGAUUCAACCUCAUAUUUUCAGUAGUCUCCUUAUGAAUUCUACUUUUUUGAUAGAUCUUAGGCUUUCUGGAGUUAAUAUAGGUUUCGUUUUACCCACUUAUCUUAAUAUAUCUUCUUCUCUGAGAUCACUCGUUCUUGACUUCACCGGCUUGCAAGGGAAGUUACCAGAUAACAUCUUUAAUCUUAAAUAUUUGGAAGACCUUGACUUGUCAGGGAACAAUAAUCUCCCUGUUCCAUUUCCUAAGAUUAACAUAAGCACUAACGCACCUCUAUACUCAUUACGUCUCUCAUAUAGUGGUUUGAAUGGGUCCCUUCCCAAAUCCCUAGGUAACCUUAAAUACCUUGAACAUUUAGAUGUAUCAAAUAACAUGCUUUCUGGAACACUGCCUUCUUCAUUGUUUACUCUUCCUUCUUUACAAGAUAUAAGGCUCAGUAAUAACAAGUUCCAAGGAAAUUUGCCACUCGAGUUGUUUUCUCUUCAAUCUUUAAAAAGAUUAUCCGUUGCUAACAACCAACUAACCGGCCAGAUCGAUGUGCUUGACAAUGGCCCCGACCCGCAAACAUUUCGACAACUUACCAACCUCACUGAGAUAGACCUUUCAUAUAAUAGUUUUAGAGGUGAUUGGGAGUUGGAUGCAUUGUUAUCAAGCCUCACAAACCUUGACACACUCAUUUUGUCACACAGUGGUAUAUCUGUUACAACCAGUAAUGCCAAUCAUUAUGUCAACCCUGAAUUUGAGGUGUUAAGUUUGGGCUCUUGCAGUCUAAAGGUGUUUCCAGUGUCCUUUCAAGCCAUGACAAAUCUUAUACAUUUAGAUCUGUCUAACAAUGAUAUACAGGGACACAUUCCUGACUCCAUUCGAGCCAUGACAGAUCUUAUGCACUUAGAUCUGUCUAACAAUGAUAUACAGGGACACAUUCCUGACUGGAUAGGGGAGAUAGGAAAUCAGUUGUCAAUUUUGGAUCUUUCAAAUAAUUCAAUAACCGGCACCAUUCCAAAUGUAUACCAGGACUGGAGUGAAUUGAAGGGGUUUAUUUUGAAAGAAAAUCAGUUACAAGGAAGGGUGCCCAUUUCUUUGUAUAAAUGUCAAAAGUUGAUAAUAAUUGAUUUGGGAAACAACAAGUUAAAUGACACAUUCCCUGGCUGGUUAGGAGAUCUUCCUAAAUUACAGGGUCUUUUCCUCAGAUCAAACAGUUUUCAUGGUGGCAUUGUAACUUCUUCGAAGUUAAAAUUCCCAUUUCCAAGUCUGCAAGUUCUUGACUUAUCUCAUAAUGGGUUUGUAGGCCACCUCCCUACAAAAUAUUUGCAGAAUCUCAAUGCCAAGAAGAAUGUGGUAAGAAAUAACACAGAACCAGACUAUGUGUCAGGAUAUGAUGAUUCCAUUUAUUAUUUUACUAUAACUAUUGUGGUGAAAGGCGUGGAUCGAUAUUUUUUACGGCUUCUGGUUGACUACGUAAUUGUUGAUCUAUCAGACAAUAAAUUUGAAGGGGAGAUUCCAAACAUCCUUGGAUAUCUGAAAUCUUUGAAAGCACUCAACUUGUCCCACAACAGCCUAACAGGUCGAAUCCCAAAUGCUCUUGGGAAAUUAUCAGAAAUUGAAUCGUUAGACCUGUCUUGGAACAACCUCACAGGAGAGAUUCCACAAAGCCUUGCUGACUUGACAUUUCUGGAGAUCUUAAAUCUUUCACAUAACCAUCUCGUGGGCCGCAUUCCACAAGGAAAGCAGUUCAACACAUUUGAUGGGAGUUCAUUUGGUGGGAAUCUAAAACUCUGUGGACUUCCGUUGCCCAAAAAGUGCAGCGAGAGCCUAGAGGAACAACAACUUGAAGCAGACGGAUAUGAGGAAGAGGAGCAUGGAUUUACAUGGAAAGUGGUGAUGAUGGGAUAUGGAUGUGGAGCCUUACUUGGAAUCGUGUUGGGAUAUCUCAUGUUAUCAACUGGAAGACCAAAAUGGUUCAAUGAAAUUGCUGAUGCUGCAGAGCAUAUGAUCUUAAAUAGGCAAAACAAGAGAAGAUAGUAUAAUUAGUUCAUGAAUGAGAAAGAGCUUUAGGGUGCAGCUAUGUUGGAUAUCAAUCCCUUGAUCGUACCUUUCUCGUUAUGGGCUGCAUUAGUAUUAAACUUAUGUUAUAUUAUUUAUUAAACUUACGGGUCAAAACAAUUAAGUAUGUUAUUAUGUUUGGGCCGAACUACUUUGACAAGCCCGUGUCAUAAGUAAGUGUCGGGUCUAGGUUUAACAGUUGUGUUGUUUCUGAAUCGUUGUGUCAGUUGGCAAACAUGACGGUUCAUGAAGCAUAUAUCGGUUUGUAUUGUGUCGAAAAAACUACUCAUCAUUUGAUCAAACCUUGUUCUUUCUCCUCUAAAUCUUUAUGCAUUUAUUUCGAUUUCACAAUCA